GCUUCCCAGAGUCACACCAGCCAUGGCCCAGUCGCCUCCUCCUCAGAGCCUCCAGGGCCUCGACCACUGGGUCUUCUCCCAGGGCUGGGGCUGGGCUCAGCAAUCGGACUCCACGUCUCCGGCCUCGUCCUCAGAUUCGUCCGGUUCCUGCCCUUGCUACGCCACCCGCCAGCCCUCGCAGUCCGCGGGCCCGGCCCGCAGCGCGCGCACUACCCAGGCGGCCCCGACGGCGCCCCGACGAGCGCGCCCGGCGCCCGCAGGAGGACAGCGGCAGAGCGCCAGCGAGCGCGAGAAGCUGCGCAUGCGCACACUCGCCCGCGCGCUGCAAGAACUGCGCCGGUUCCUGCCGCCGUCGGUGGCACCUGCAGGCCAGAGCCUGACCAAGAUCGAGACGCUGCGCCUGGCCAUCCGCUACAUCGGCCACCUGUCGGCCCUGCUGGGUCUCAGCGAGGACAGUCUGCGGCGCAGGCGCCGACGGAGUGCGGACGCCGCGUUCUCUCACCGAUGCCCUCAGUGCCCCGACGGUGGCAGCCCCUCACAGGCUCAGAUGCUUGGUCCUGGCCUGGGAUCAGCCAUGAGUAGUGGGGUGUCCUGGGGGUGUCCGCCUACUUGUCCUGGACCUCUAAUCUCACCUGAAAACCUUGGGAGCAGGAUCUCCAACGUGGAUCCCUGGGUGACACCUCCUUAUUGUCCCCAAAUACAGUCACCCUUACACCAGUCCCUAGACAAAGCCGCUGACACCUCUCACUGGGCACCACCCCAAGCAUGUCCUGGCAUGCAGAUAUCCCCAGAGCCUAGGAACAAGACUGAACACUGGACCCAAUCCACUGAACCUGCAGAGCUGACUAAAGUGUACCAGAGUCUUUCUGUGUCUCCAGUGUCCCUGGGAAGCCCACCUCUCCUGCCCCGCCCAUCAUGCCAGAGACUACAACCUCAGCCCCAGUGGGGCUGCUGGGGCCACAAUGCAGAGGUGCUGUCCACCUCUGAGGAUCAGGGUUCCAGCCCUGCCCUCCAGCUUCCUGUGGCCAGCCCCAACCCCAGCUCAGGCCUGCAGCUCAGUGGCUGUCCUGAACUUUGGCAGGAAGAUCUGGAAGGGCCCCCACUGAAUAUUUUCUACUAAUAUGGCCUUACCUGCACCCUGCGGUGUGGAUUUGGGCUGCCUUAGAAGUGCCUUUAUCUGCUUCUUCUGUGACAUUUUGAGGUCUGCUUAGCUAUGGCUCCCCUUCCCCAGAUAAUCCCUUUCAUGGAAACGGUGUCUGGGAUAGAU